UAGUGCCCAACACAUUUUUCAUCUCUCCUGUGUCACACACCCCCAUUUCACGCCUUGGAGUCUCUACUAAUGAGCUGAUGAUCUGAAUGAAGUGUGUUUGAUUAAAGAGACGUUGAAAACAUGCGGUGUUGGGGGCCUCCAGGAAUGCGGUCCAGAACCACUGAUUUAAGCAGACGCUUUUAUCCAAAGCGACUUACAAAUUUUGACAAUAGAAGCAAUCAAAGCCAACAGAGCAAUAAUAAUAUGUAGGUGCCAUGACAACUCUCGGUCAAAUAUACAUAAAAAAACCCCAUUAAAUUAUGAGAAAACGAACAGCUCUGAAAUUCUCAGUUAUAUAUAACUGAUACAGGUGUGCAUUGAAACAUGUUGCAGCAUUAUGCUUAAAAAAAGUAGUGAAGUUCUUCCUAUAUAAGAGAACAAAAGAUCAGGUAAAUAUGACCAGAUAUCACCUAAAAGAAAGCUGGAUUUAAGCAUACAUGCAUUUCACUACCAGAAACUAGAUAAGCUGGAGAGGAGACAGACUGGGCACCUCCGAAUACAGAAACUGGUCUUUAGCGACAUCUAGCGGUGAACCGCAUGUAGUGCAAUUUCCAUCCAAAAGAAGGAGUUCCCGGUUCAGUCUGACGACAUUAAAAGCUACAUUACAUUUCAGCCUGAGAAUUUAAUAUGACAGAAAAUCAAAGCUUAUCGCGUUGUGAACACGCGUUAGGCCCGGUCGUCCACUGCUGCGUGAGUCAGAUCUUAGCCGUAGAGGAGUCACGUCCCUCACGUAGCGGCUGAAUGAAUCGGAAGUGAUCUCUGAGUAAACGUGUCUUACAGCGACGCGCAGUUCAGAGUUGCGUACAAGUACUGUACAGAAACCGCAACGGAUGAGCAGCUGUGUGAAGACAAGAGAAGGCUUUCACCGAACAGACCCGUUUGCGCCGAGCUCGGUUAAUUGGCAAACGACGAUGAAAUGUUAUAUUCUGUUGGCGCUUUUGCUCACCGGCGUCCACGUGACUACGGCAGGAUCCGCUGCGCACAGGUGCUUCUGCCAGGUCACUGGGACUCUCGAUGAUUGUGCUUGUGAUGUUGAGACCAUCGACAGGUUCAACAACAAAGAAAUCUUUCCCAAACUCCAAAAACUACUAUCCUCUGAUUAUUUCCGGUUUUAUAAGGUCAAUCUGAACAACCCCUGCCCGUUCUGGACAGAGCACAGUCAGUGUGGACUCAAAUACUGUGCUGUGAAACCAUGCACACCGGGUGAAGUCCCGGAGGGCCUUAAAUCCAGCAGUUAUAAGUAUUCAGAAGCAGCCAGUCAGGAUACAGAGGAGUGCGAGAAGGCAGAGAAACUAGGAGCUGUCAAUGGUUCUCUAAGCGAUGAGACGCGCCAGGCUCUUCAGGAGUGGACGAAACACGACGACGAAUCGGACCGUUUCUGCAUGUUGGACGACGAGGACUCGCCUGAAUCGCAGUACGUCGACCUCCUGCUCAACCCCGAGCGCUUCACCGGCUAUAAAGGACCCGAGGCCUGGCGGAUCUGGAACAGCAUAUACGAGGAGAACUGCUUCAAACCUUAUUCAGUUAAGCGUCCAUUGAAUCCUUUGGCCUCGAGCAGCGGAGAUGAUGGGCAGGGCUUCUACCGCUGGCUAGAAGGCUUGUGUGUGGAGAAACGAGCGUUCUUUCGGCUGAUCUCAGGACUGCAUGCUAGUAUAAACGUACACCUGAGCGCCCGGUAUCUUCUAGAUGAAAACUGGUUCGAAAUGAAGUGGGGUCACAACGUGUCGGAGUUCCAGCUGAGGUUCGAUGAGGAGCUGACAGAAGGGGAGGGACCAAAGAGGCUACGCAACCUCUACUUCCUGUACCUCAUUGAGCUGCGUGCUCUGGCAAAAAUACUGCCUUAUUUCGAACGUCCCUCCUUCCACUUGUACACUGGCCAAAGCGCUCAAGACAACGAGAACAAGAACCUGCUUCUAGAGCUCCUCCAUGUGGCCAAAUCCUUUCCACUGCAUUUUGAUGAGACUGCUCUGUUUGCUGGAAAUAAGAAGGAAGCCAUGAAACUGAAAGAAGACUUCAAGCUGACCUUUAAAAACAUCUCGCACAUUAUGGACUGUGUCGAGUGUUUUAAAUGCAGGCUUUGGGGUAAAUUGCAGACUCAGGGCUUGGGAACCGCGUUGAAAAUCCUGUUCUCAGAAAGGCAAAUAGAAGCAAUGCCCAACACAAGCAACACCAAUCCAUCAUUUCAGCUCAGCCGGCAGGAAAUUGUCUCUUUGUUUAAUGCUUUCGGAAGGAUCUCCACAAGUGUCAGAGAGCUGGAGAACUUUCGGUCGCUGUUGUCUGAUCUCAAACAGUGACUGUAGUUAAGAAUCUGAUUCGAGGACGGAUUCGUUUUGGGUUGAGUUACUGUUUUCAGAAUGAUUUAUUCCAGUUGUUCCUAAAUACAGUUUAACAUCAUUAUUCUUAGGAAGUGAGCACCUUAGUCACAAAACUGCAAUGAUAGGGAUCAUUCUUGCACUCUUACAAAAAUGUAUUUCACGUUGAUAAUUUUUUAAAUAUAUAUUUAAGUAAAUAACGUAGCUUCUUGGGAAUUAAAUGGAGAUACACAAGUAUACUGCAAAUUGUUUACAAGAAAGACAUAAACCACUUGAUAUGUGUAUUUUUGAUAUAUAAAGCCAAGUUUUCAUUUCUUUAUAGGUGUAAUAUAUUAGUUAGGUUUUGCAAUAUGUGCCUCAGCACCUAUAUUUCUGAGCAUAUUGGCUGCAUUACAAAAAAACAAAUCGUGCUUAAUUGCAUCCACAAUAAAUGUUUAUGUGUGUACUCUUUAUUAUGCAUAUACAAUACACACACACACACACAGUAUAUUUUAAAUAUUUAAAUUAAAUUAAUAUAAUGCAUAAAAGUAUUUCUUAAAUGCAUGAAUGUGUGUAUUUAAACACACACACAUUAUGUACUCAAACUUUUCUUUCGGAUGCGACUAAUUGUUGCCCAGCACAAAUUUUCUUUAUGUAUUUCAUAUUUUGAAUGUACAUUUCGAGAAAAAGAUUUUUUUUUGUAUAUUUGCAAUUACUUUUAUUUUAAAUAAUGUCCUGAUUGCUUAUUUUUUCAUAAAGAUUCCAGAUUUCGUUUUGUAUCGAGUUGCACACAGGCUUUGGAUUUAUUUUGCAAUCAAUGUUAAAGUAUGUUUGGGACGUUUGUGUCAUUUUUGCAUUCACCUAAAUUCUGAAAAUUAUGUGAAUUAAUAGUAUGCACUGAUAGCAAUCAAAACAUUGAAUCUUCGAGGGAAAAGAUUCACAGGCCCUUUUGUCCUGAUUUAAGCUGCUCCACGAGAUCCAACCACUACAAAUUCAAUUGCGGCCAGCAGUUCAGCCAAGAAACGAAAACACAGUUAGACGUGUUAGACAGUCAUCAAGAGAAAUGAACACUGGUAUGUUGAAGCAAGAAUUGUUGAUACUGGAGUUAAAAAAAAAAAA